UCCCCGCCCCGGGGCGGCACCCCGCUCGGCGGCCGUUCCGCCCAGCCGAGCCCGCCGCGCGCAGCCUUAGCCGCCAUGUCUUCCGGGGCCAGCGUGAGCGCCCUGCAGCGCCUGGUGGAGCAGCUGAAGCUGGAGGCUGGCGUGGAGAGGAUCAAGGUCUCUCAGGCAGCUGCAGAGCUUCAGCAGUACUGCAUACAGAAUGCAUGCAAGGACGCCCUGCUGCUCGGUGUCCCGGCUGGAAGCAACCCCUUCCGGGAGCCCAGGUCCUGUGCUCUACUUUGAAGACUGGGAAGAAGCUCACUGAGGAAGCCUGUGUGCGCAUGGUGACGGAUGACUGCCGCCAAGUCCCAAGAAAACAGCUUUCAAGAGCCAAAUCAUUUUCUCUGCGGCCUGGUCCUAGGUCAAAACUCUACAGAAAUCAAUGUUUUCCUUCUAACCUCACUACCAAACUUGCUGGAUGCACCUCUUUCACCAUGAAGCCUGUGUAGCCCUGCAUGGGAUAGAGGCAUGUUUUAUUUACUGGGUGUUUACAUUUCAGGACAGAAAGGUUGUAUUUCCAAAAACUGAAUAUUUGUAAUUUUCCUAACAUUUUUGUACUCUAAUAAAAAUUUUUUCAUAAAAAUUUACAAUAACUAAAUGAAACAAAGUAUACAUUUGGGGGAAUAACUGAUAUCUUGAUUUUGUAAAGGAAAGCUUUUUCAUUUCCCAACGAGCAAAUGGUUUGACUUGGACAGUAAGGUUGGGCGCUGCUCCUUGGCAAAUGGAAAGAUUGUUGUAUUGUUAGGUUGCCCAUCCUGUGUGAAGUCAGUUAGAUCUUUCUUUAGUUCCUAUACUUUACAACUUAUAAUUGUGAUUGUAGUUUUAAAAAUGUGCCCAUGCCUUUAAAAAUGUUUAAAUGUGGCCUACAUUUAGAACAUUGCAAUUGGUUAAAAACAAAGUAUGAAGAUAUUAUGACCUAAAAGAAUUCAUGUCACAUGUAUUUUAUUGGGGUGAUGUGCCUUUGAUUUAAUUGGGGACACUUUUAGAAGGAAAGUUUGUGUUUGUAAUAAUCUUUGAAGAGCUUGGAAAUUACUUUUUGCGUAAUAAAUCAUUUUCCA